AUGUGGCGCGACCGCAUCUCCGGCCAGUCCACCCCGUCCAGCGUGAAUCGCGCACCAUCGUUACCUCGGCGAACUUCCUCCCAACUGCCGCAAGGCCCCUAUGGUAGCCGACCUCGUACCAGUUCCAGGGCGUCGUCUACAUCCCUUCUCGUAACGCCGAACGAGUCAACUACCACCCUCGGAGGUCUGAGCCGAGACUCCAAUGGCCUUGGAUUGAGACAGACUAGUAGGCAACGCCCUCGGCCGUCAAACGUUCCUGACCCGACGGAGGUCUUGCGCGGUAUUAUUGGAGAUCAACCAUCGGACUUUGACGAUUCCCCAGCAUCAAAUGCCCCGAUUGUGAAACCGCCGAAGCUGGUCGAAGCGAUCGACUUUUGCGACUUAAGCUUAGAAGCUUUUGCGGCCGAUGGCGAUCCAUCACAGCUGUCGCGUGACACCAAGCGCAGUCAAGUCAAUGCGCGAACCGUGGAGCAAUUCGAGCAGGAGCAAGGCCGGUUUCAAGAUCUACACACUGCCAUCCUUGGCUGCGAUGAUGUGUCGAAGUCUGUCGAGCAAUAUUUGAAUGAUUUCCAGGCGGAGCUUGGCGCGGUCUCUGCGGAGAUUGAAACCUUACAAAGUCGGUCGACUCAGCUCAACGCGAUGCUUGAGAACCGACGGAACGUGGAGCGGCUUCUGGGCCCAGCCUUGGAGGAAAUCAGCAUCUCGCCCAGAACGGUGCGCACUAUUGUGGAAGGUCCGAUUGACGAGUCUUGGGUGCGAGCUUUGAAUGAGAUAGAUGCUCGGUCCAGCAGUAUCGAGGCAAAAGCCUCGUCCUCGGAUGGCUUCAAGGCAAUUGAGGACGUACGGCCUCUUCUAGUCGAUGUAAAGAACAAGGCGACCGAGAGAAUCCGCGACUACUUGGUCUCUCAGAUUCGGGCAAUGCGGUCACCAAACAUCAAUUCUCAAAUCAUUCAGCAACAACGACUGGUGAAGUUCAAAGAUCUUUACACUUAUCUAUCCAAAGCACAUCCCAGCCUCGCGGGAGAGAUCGCUCAGGCUUAUGUGAAUACUAUGCGCUGGUAUUAUACAUCCAAUUUCACGCGUUACCUGCAAGCGCUGGAGAAGAUCAAGGUUUACCCUAGUGAUCGCAAUGAGGUCCUUGGAGGCGAUCCAUCUUCGCAUCGCUCAGGGAAUAUUCUCCCCGGCGGCCGAGCCGGGUCUGCAGCUCAUGAUCCAUUUUCCCUCGGGCGGCGCAUCGAUAUCAUGCGAAACAGUAAUCAACAGGCUCUCUCCUCCUACCUGGCGGAGCAGGACUCAUCCUACCAUGGGAUUGAAGUGCCGUUUCGAAACUUUAACGUCGCAUUGGUAGACAAUGUCUCCGCGGAGUACUCCUUUCUGACCGAGUUCUUCUCCCCCUUUACGUUUCAUGAGAUCUCUCGCAAAGUGGUGGAGAUCUUCCAGCCCGUCUUUGCGAUGGGUCAGACUUUGACCAAGAAAUUAAUUGAAAAUACCACUGAUUCUCUGGGCAUUCUGAUCUGUGUGCGUCUUAAUCAACAUUCAGCCUUUGAGCUCCAACGGCGUAAGAUCCCAGUCGCCGAUGCUUACAUCAACGGUAUCAACAUGUACCUUUGGCCCCGAUUCCAGGUCAUUAUGGAUCUGCAUGGAGAAUCCUUGAAGCGAGCUGGGACCAACACUGGCCGUAGUGCCGUCUCUGCCCUCUCUCUUGUUGGGGGCGAUGAUUUGAAACAUUCAUCGGCACCUCAUUUCUUGACCCAGCGUUUUGGCCAGCUACUUCAUGGAAUUCUCGUCCUAAGCAGCGACGCCGGAGAUGACGAACCUGUUGCGAACAGUCUAGCUCGCCUCAGAGCCGAGUUCGACACUCUUUUGACGAGACUUAGUCGGAAUGGAACGGACGCCAAACGAAGAGAACGAUUCUUGUUCAACAACUAUUCCUUGAUCAUGACCAUUAUCAGUGUACGCAUCAAGCAUACCCACAUCACUCGAGCCAAUCGCUUACACUUUGAGCAGGAUACUAAAGGGAAAUUGGCUGCUGAACAGCGACAGCAUUUCGAUGAAAUGCUCAAGAACUGCAGCAAGCGCUCCCUCGGCUACUUUGGCGCAGCUUUUCGAGCACGCGAGCUCAAUGCGCCGACUUUACACACGCGGCCGGGUACAACCAUAGAGCUACCAGCUGACUUGGACAAGGUCAUCGGCGCUGGCGUUGUCGGCUUAUCGGUCGCAAGACAACUAGCUGCGCGCGAAGGUACUUCGACGCUUCUUCUUGAGCGGCAUGAUGCGCCAGGAACUGAGACAAGCAGUCGCAACUCGGAGGUGAUUCAUGCGGGUCUCUAUUACCCAGCCGAUUCUCUCAAGACCAAGCUCUGUAUUCGCGGUCGAAAUCUUCUCUACGACCUAUGCUCCAAGCAUGCCAUUCCACAUCGCAAUACCAAGAAGUGGAUUGUCGCGCAGACUCCAGAACAAUGGGAAGCUGCGUUGAAAUUACACUCCCAUGCUCAGUCACUCGGCGACGUCCCGACUCGGCUUAUCGGCAGGUCCGAGGCGGCUUCGCGUGAGCCCGACGUCAAGGCAGAAGCUGGAAUCGUCGAGAGCCAAACGACAGGCAUAGUGGACAGCCACUCACUAAUGACUUAUUUGCACGGAGACUUUGAGGAACGCGGCGGUGACUGCGUGUUCAAGACUCGGGUGACGGGCCUGGAAUUCAUAGCCGGUGGCGGGUACAAGAUCACAGCGGUCUCAGAUGAGGAUGGGUCCGAGACAAGCUUCACUGCCGACGUGGUGAUCAACAGUGCCGGACACGGAGCUUGCGCGAUCAAUAACCUCUUGCUCCCGCCAGAGCGUCAUCGCGCCCCAUACUUUGCCAAGGGAACCUAUUUCUCGUACAGUGCCUCCCGACCUCGCACGUCGGUGUUGGUGUAUCCCGUCACGAUGCCUGGACACGGUGGGUUGGGGACACAUUUGACGCUGGAUCUAGGCGGGCGAAUCCGCUUCGGACCGGACGUGGAAUGGGUAGAUGAUCCUCACGAUCUUCAGCCCAGCAACGCCCGUUUGGCGCAGGCCAUUCCCGAGAUACUGUCUUAUAUGCCCGGUGUUGACCCUUCUGCUAUUUCGUUGGAUUACUGUGGGAUUCGGCCAAAAUUGGGCCGUGGUGGUGCAGUGAACAAGGGCCAAGGUUUCCAAGACUUCAUCAUUGAAGAGGAGCAGGGCUUUCCAGGAUUCGUGAACUUGUUGGGUAUUGAGAGCCCUGGAUUGACAAGUAGUCUUGCGAUUGCGGAGAUGGUUGAGGAAAUUCUGUAUCGUUAG